CAGAGUGAGCAGUAAACUUGUGACUAAGGUAGCAGCAGCUGGAGCUGGGCCUCUCACUGCGGGAUUAAAUAAAAAAGAAAGAAUCUACCGAACUGUUCUCUUUCAGUCUCCUCAGCUUCGUCUGGCAACAUGGACUGCGGCAUCUGCACGUCUAAGACCAUCCUGCUCUUCCUCAGCUUGGUUUUCUGGGGCGCUGGGGCAGCUUUGGCCUACGUUGGUGCUUACAUGAUCAAUAGCUAUGGCAACUUUGAAAGUUUUAUCCAGAACAAACAGACUAUGGUCCCUGCAGCCAUCGUCAUCGGCAUCAGCGUGUUGAUGUUCAUUUUCGGCCUGGUGGGAUGCUGCGCUACGCUCAAAGAAUCCAAAUUUGGCCUCGGCUGUUUCUUUCUGAUUAUCAUGGUAAUCUUUGCAGCUGAAGUGACUGCUUUGGUGUUUACCUUCAUCUACCAAGGCAAAAUAAAUCAAGAUCUGGAGCACUCGAUGAAUGAAGUCUUUGAAAAGUAUGAUGGGCACAAUACUGAGAGCCAAGCUGUGGAUCUCCUGCAGCGUGAGCUGAAGUGCUGCGGAGUCAGCGACUAUAGAAGCUGGUUCAACACCACCUGGUUCAAAAACAACAGCACCAUACCUCCAACCUGCUGUAAAAACCAAACUAAUUGUGAAGGCCACCCACAGCUACCAGCCCUGCUUUAUCCAGAGGGAUGUAAGAAAAAACUGCAGACAUUCCUGCAGGACGUGUUGACUUAUGCCAUGCUGGUUGUGCUUGGAUUUGCCAUCAUCAAGUUCUUUGGGAUGCUGAGCAUCUGUGUUGUAACCUGUAGAAGCAGCAGCCGAAGGAGCGGCUAUCAGCCUCUGUACGCCUGAAAUACUUCCUGAAAUUACUACUUCAUUUUCCUCUAAUGAGUUUGCUGACUUCUACAAAUCUACAAAUAACGGCACCGGCAAAUCUUGCCAUAUUCUGAAGGGGAUCAUAUGACAGUAUGCCUCCUCAGACUGUAAUGAACAUAAAUGUAACUCUGUCUAUCUAGGUUUAUCUUUUUGUUGAAUCUGGAUACAUCUUCCAAUUCAGAUUUCAUGACAACAUGCAACCAAAUCAAGAAAUGAAAUCAUCUCAAUGUUUGAUCAAUUUGGUUGGAUUGUGUUUGCUGAAAGCUUUAUUUGCCUGAUGCAAACCCUGCCAUUAGAUAUGACGUAAAAAAAAAAAAACCCAACUCUUAGACAUUGAGGCCUCUUCUUCUACUUGUUUAUCUUUAAACCUUCUUACUCUGCUGCAUCCUGUAGAUAAUCCUUCAAUGGACAUUAUUCUGUGAAUGCACUGUAGUGAAUGACAUCAUUAUAUCUUUGAAGUUGUGAUAGUUAACCAAAGUGUUUGUUGCCUUAUUUAGGGUUCUUAAAGCAAACUGAAGUAAAACAUGUUGUUCUCUGGUCAGUUAACCUGUAUUGAGAACAUUUCUACUUCUGGUUUGACUCUUAUUAUGUUUCAUAUAUUUCUAAAUUAAAAUGGUGAAUAUUUUUUUUCUUUUCUUUUUUGUCGUCUCUCAUCUUUAUGUUGCCUUGCAGAUCACACUGUUAAAUAGCUAUAGAUUUUUCUCACAAAUUGUAACAUGUUGCAACUGAAUCCUAAGUGUACCUCAGAAAGAUGUAUUGUUUGACUAGAACAUGAGUAUGCACACUGAGCUUCUUAUUAAACGUGACCUGCAGUGUU